AUGUCCAAGGUCUCUCAACCGGAGCUCAAAAAGUUCCUGGACAAGAGGAUAAGCGUAAACAUUCAAGCAGGUCGCAAAUUGAACGGCACAUUGAGGGGUUACGACAUGUUUUUGAAUCUGGUCGUCGAUGAGGCUGUAGAGCUGGUACGACAGGAGAGCGGAGCUUGGAAAGAGGGGGGCAAUUGUGGAACAGUGGUGAGCAUUUUGCUUGGCUUGGCACUCUUGUGGCUGCUGCGAAGGAGAGGGUGACGUCGGCUACACAGCCGCUGCAGCAGCAGCGUGCGCCUGACUGAUCACGCUUUCCCAACGAACCCCGCACAGGUCAUCAGAGGUAACAGCGUCACUUCGUUGGAAGGCUUGGAACAGAUCAAGAUUCGAUGA